AGCCGAAGAAGAAGAAGAAUCCGAAAAGAGCACACACACACACACUAGUCUCAGACUGAGGAUUACAGGACUGCUGUGUGGGAUUAAAUUCUAUAUUAUAUUAAAUAUUAUGUCCCUGUGUAUUUGUGUGAAGCGGCUGUAGGACAAUGUCCCUCAUUAACAGCGAUAUACAUAUAGCAGUGAGCAAAUGGAAGGUGGGACUUCCGUUCUAAGAGUGCGGGUAGCGGAAGUGGAGUACGCAUGGCAUUGUGGGUACUGUAGUCUGAUGCGCUGUUGGUGCGGUGUCAUGGCGGCCGCGGUGAUGUUAGCGCUGGUGCUGGGAGCGGGAGGAGUGCUCCUUAUGGCCCGGAGAAUGCGCUCCCGGUCCCAGGUUGCUGUCCGCCUCUACGCAGGAUCCAUGCGCGGGAAGACGGUGAUCGUGACGGGAGCGAGCAGCGGCGUUGGUAAGGCCACAGCGGCCGCGCUCUUCCGCAUGCACGCGCGAGUCAUCAUGGCGUGUCGGGACCGCGCCAGGGCUGAGCGCGCCGCCGCAGAGAUCCGCGCAUGCGCAGAAGACGGGGAGGGGGAGCUGGUUAUCAAGCACGUGGACCUGACGUCACUGAGAUCCGUGCGCGCGUUCUGCCUGGAGAUCAUCCAGGAGGAGCUGAAGCUAGACGUGUUGAUUAAUAACGCAGGUGUGUUCCGCUGCCCGUACACGAAAACUGAGGACGGCUUUGAGAUGCAGUUUUGUGUGAACCAUCUGUCUCACUUCCUAUUGACACACCUGCUGACAGAGCUGAUGGUACGUUCCGCUCCAAGUCGCAUCCUCGUUGUUUCCUCCAAACUUUACAAAUAUGGCAGCAUCCGAUUUGACGAUGUCAACAGCGAGAAUGAGUACGACCCCGCCUUCUGCUAUAGUCAGAGUAAACUCGCUAACCUGCUGUUCGUACGUGAGUUAGCGAGGAGACUGGAGGGGCAGGGCGUGACCGUGAACUCCCUCUCCCCCGGAAUGGUCAGAACCAACCUGGGACGCCAUGUCCAUGUCCCCCUUCUGCUGAAACCCCUCUUCUUUCUGGUGUCAUGGCUGUUCUUUAAGAGUCCAGACGAGGGCGCUGAGACACCAGUGUUCCUCGCAAGUUCUCCCGAUGUGGCCAACGUGACUGGAAAGUUCUUCAGUAACUGUCAUGAGGAAGUUCUCCUGCCUAGCGCCCUGGACGAUGGCACAGCAAAGCGACUGUGGGACCUGAGUGAGACCAUGGUUGGGAUGAAGAGCUGAGCUGAAUCUCUCUGCUUGAAUAUGUUAAUUGAUGUUUUUGUGUUUCUAAAAAUCGUGAAUUAUUAGUAAAUCUGUUUAAAUAUUAGAAAUAAACUGGUUAAUAAACUUG